AUGAAAUUUUAUAUGCCAUCUGAAUAUACGAAUGGAGAUGUUAAAGAGGUUUUAACAAUGAGUUGGUCGCUCAGUGGAGAGACUGUUCGCCAUGGAUUUCCCUAUCAACCUUCAGCCCUGGCCUUUGAUCCUGUACAGAAGAUCCUGGCAGUGGGAACUCAGACUGGUGCUUUAAGGCUCUUUGGUCGUCCGGGAGUAGAAUGUUAUUGCCAGCAUGACAGUGGAGCUGCUGUAAUUCAGCUCCAGUUCCUGAUUAAUGAGGGAGCUCUUGUGAGUGUCUUGGCUGAUGAUACCUUACACUUAUGGAAUUUACGUCAAAAAAGGCCUGCCAUACUACAUUCACUUAAAUUUUGUCGGGAAAGGGUUACAUUUUGCCAUCUACCUUUCCAGAGUAAGUGGCUCUAUGUGGGUACUGAACGAGGUAAUAUACAUAUUGUCAAUGUGGAGUCCUUCACACUCUCAGGCUACGUCAUUAUGUGGAAUAAAGCCAUUGAACUAUCAUCUAAAUCUCACCCAGGGCCUGUUGUCCAUAUAAGUGAUAAUCCAAUGGAUGAGGGAAAGGUAGAAUUUUAUCUUAAAAUUUUUUCAUUAUUUAAAUGCAUGAUUUUUGUGUUUUUAAACAUGCAAACUAUUCUAGGACCACAUGCUGAAAAGUUGAGAUUGCUAAUAAAGAUUGUAUAUCGUAUGCACUUAAGGGUUUGUUUUUCAAGUCAAACAAGUAAAAGAAUCAGAAUGAUUUGUAAUUUGAAAAAGCAAAGAUACACUAAAGCUAUUCACUCUGUUGCUUGGCAUCAUGAAGGAAAACAAUUUAUUUGCAGUCAUUCAGAUGGUACCUUGACCAUCUGGAAUGUGAGGUCCCCUGCUAAGCCUGUACAGACAAUCACACCACAUGGAAAACAGUUAAAGGACGGGAAGAAACCAGAACCAUGCAAACCUAUCCUCAAGGUGGAGUUCAAAACGACGAGAUCUGGGGAGCCUUUUAUUAUUUUAUCAGGAGGUUUAUCAUAUGAUACUGUAGGAAGAAGACCUUGCUUAACAGUAAUGCAUGGGAAAAGUACUGCUGUGCUGGAGAUGGACUAUCCAAUUGUUGACUUCCUGACACUCUGUGAAACACCAUAUCCAAAUGAUUUUCAAGAACCAUAUGCUGUUGUUGUUCUUCUAGAAAAGGAUUUAGUACUUAUAGACCUUGCACAAAACGGACUGUGUAUUACCUUUUUUCUAGUAACUCUACAAGUAUUAUAUAAACUAAAAACAUCUAAAGUAUUUGAAAAGUCAAGAAAUAAAGAUGACAGACCAAAUACAGACAUUGUAGAUGAAGAUCCAUAUGCCAUUCAGAUCAUCUCCUGGUGCCCAGAAAGUAGAAUGCUGUGCAUAGCUGGAGUUUCAGCUCAUGUCAUUAUUUAUAGAUUCAGCAAACAGGAAGUGAUUACAGAAGUUAUUCCGAUGCUUGAAGUUCGGUUGUUUUAUGAGAUAAAUGAUGCGGAAUCUCCAGAAGGUGAGCAGCCACCACCUUUGUCAACCCCUGUAGGAGGUUCCAAUCCUCAGCCCAUUCCUCCACAGUCUCAUCCAUCUACCAGCAGCAGUUCAUCUGAUGGACUUCGUGAUAAUGUACCUUGUUUAAAAGUUAAAAACUCACCACUUAAACAAUCACCAGGUUAUCAGACAGAACUAGUUAUUCAGUUGGUAUGGGUGGGUGGAGAACCACCACAACAAAUAACCAGCCUGGCAGUCAAUUCUUCCUAUGGACUGGUGGUUUUUGGCAACUGUAAUGGCAUUGCUAUGAUUGACUACCUCCAGAAAGCAGUACUGCUCAAUCUGGGCACCAUAGAAUUAUAUGGCUCUAAUGAUCCUUAUCGGAGAGAACCUCGAUCUCCUCGUAAAUCUCGACAACCUUCAGGAGCUGGUGUUUGUGACUAUGUGCCUGUUCCUUCCAUUGUCUUUAUUUGUGUAGGUUCUUCAUCACCACACAAUUCAGAUGAAGAACAAAAAGUGAAUAAUUUUAUAGAAAAGGUGAAGACCAAAAGCAGAAAGUUUUCCAAGAUGGUAGCCAGUGAUAUAGCAAAGAUGUCAAGGAAGUUAAGCUUACCUACUGACCUGAAACCUGAUUUAGAUGUAAAAGAUAAUUCCUUCAGCAGAUCACGGAGUUCAAGUGUCACAAGCAUAGACAAAGAAUCCCGAGAAGCAAUCUCUGCUCUUCAUUUCUGUGAAACUUUUACUCGAAAGGCGGACUCGUCCCCUUCCCCAAGUCUGUGGGUUGGAACAACACUAGGAACAGUGCUUGUCAUUGCACUGAACCUUCCUCCAGGAGCAGAGCAAAGACUUCUUCAGCCCGUGAUUGUUUCUCCAAGUGGUACUAUAUUGAGACUUAAAGGUGCAGUCCUGAGAAUGGCAUUUCUGGAUACCACAGGCUGCUUAUUGCCACCUGCAUAUGAACCCUGGAAAGAACAUAAUGUUCCUGAAGAAAAGGAUGAAAAAGAAAAAUUGAAAAAACGGCGACCUGUCUCAGUAUCUCCCUCCUCUUCUCAGGAAAUUAGUGAAAACCAAUAUGCAGUGAUAUGUUCUGAAAAGCAAGCAAAAGUAAUCUCACUGCCAACCCAGAACUGUGCUUAUAAGCAAAACAUUACAGAGACCUCCUUUGUGCUUCGUGGAGAUAUUGUAGCAUUGAAUAACAGCAUCUGCCUUGCAUGUUUCUGUGCUAAUGGCCAUAUUAUGACUUUCAGUUUGCCAAGUUUAAGGCCUCUGUUGGAUGUGUAUUACUUGCCUCUCACCAAUAUGCGGAUAGCCAGAACAUUCUGCUUCACCAACAAUGGACAAGCAUUAUAUCUUGUUUCACCUACAGAAAUUCAGAGACUUACAUACAGUCAAGAGACCUGUGAAAAUCUUCAGGAGAUGUUGGGUGAACUCUUCACUCCUGUAGAAACACCUGAAGCACCAAACAGGGGAUUCUUUAAAGGCUUGUUUGGAGGUGGUGCACAGUCCCUUGAUAGAGAAGAACUAUUUGGAGAGUCAUCCUCAGGAAAAGCUUCACGGAGUCUUGCACAGCAUAUCCCUGGCCCUGGUGGCAUUGAAGGUGUGAAAGGGGCAGCCUCUGGAGUUGUUGGUGAAUUGGCACGAGCCAGGUUGGCAUUGGAUGAAAGAGGGCAGAAGCUUGGUGACUUAGAAGAAAGAACAGCAGCUAUGUUAUCAAGUGCAGAUUCAUUUUCUAAACAUGCUCAUGAGAUGAUGUUGAAAUACAAAGAUAAAAAGUGGUACCAGUUCUGACACCCAGAAUCCAAUUAAGUCCAACUUCAGCCAGAAGGAAAAAAAUUUCCUUUUUUAUUUCACUGAUUUAAGAAAGUUAACAUUCAACGGAUGUUCAUCGCUGAAUACUUUCUAGCACAAUCAUGCACUGUUUUACCUCAGUCAAUUGGCAUUAACUGAGGGGCGUUCACACACACACUCAAAAUGGAAUAUAUGGUGUGUGCAGGCUGUGAGUUGACAAUUUGGAUACUAACCAGGUCACGUGUGACAGAUGAAGAAACAAAAGGGGAAGCUGAGGAGACAUGGCAGGGACUAUUCCUUGGAUCAUUCCUGUAUUAAACUUUUAUAUGCCAAAAGAUUUCAUGCUAUUGUGUCUGCCAUCAGUGUUUGACCUGUUUUGGGGAGAGGCAAUAAGUCCAAAGUUCUGAAGCUGAAGUAGUUUGUGUCAUCGGACUGGAUUAUAAACAGUUGUAUUGGACUUUCCCUCCCUUAAAUUGACUGGUCAUCAGUAUCAUUAGUGAAAAAGAAACAAACUAUUUCCCUUUCUUUAGACUAAGCUGAAUGGUGGGCUUUAAAUAAUAAAAUCAUACACAUAGUUGACUUGUGUAUGGGCUACUCUUGGAUUCUUGUUAUUAUAUACUUGUGUUUAGUUCAUAUUUUGUCAAAAGCAAAACAAGGUGAUACAUCACUUUUCAUUGAAAAGAAAAGUGUAGAGCAUGACUGAAUUGCUCAUCAUUCUGGGAGUUUCCAUGUAGUGGCUAUGCAGUGUGGAAAGUGAGAAAAACCUCCAUUGUGGGGAGGAGAAUACUUCAAUGUUCUUUGUCCUCGUUCUCAUUAAUUCAGCUAAAGGUGGAUCUGACCAAAGUAGUUACUGGUUAAAUUUGUAGAAAAGUUGAAAUUGGCUAAGUUUUUAAUUUUGCUUGAAUUUUUAUAAAAUGUUUAACCAAAUGUACCUUUGCAUUAUUUAAUUAAAAUUGCUUUAAAAAAAAAAGUUUCAUUAUUUCAGUAAAAUGCUCAGCUCCCCUUUUAAAAUGCCCUUUAUUUGCUAACAGUUCCAAUACACUCAGGUGAUGAGCCAAUUAAAUCUUAGUGCACAUGCUAUCGCAUGGAAAACUAUAAGCAUCUGUUGUCAAUAAGUAUCUAUAUAAGAGUCUAGUCUGAUGACCUACAAAAUAUUUGCUGUAUAAAUAUAAUAAAAAAUAUGUACAUAUCCUUUCAAGGUUUUAAAAAGCCAAAGAAAAGGAAAAUACUUACACUUUGGUAACAAAAUUAUUUCUGUAAUGGAAUACAAUGCAAAUUAAGAUAGCUGUGGACAAUGAAUGACUGGUUCAUAGAAUAGCAUUACAGACAGGAAAGUAAUCACUCCAUAGAUCUGGAAGCAAGCAAUCUAAUAAUACAGGCUAAUCUGAGAUCAUAAUUGAUUAUUGUUAAAGCAGCAAAGGAAGAUCAAAAUAGAAGCAUUAAAAUUAAUGUUAAUGAAAUUUUAAUAUUGUCUUCUAUAAAAAUUGUUUUAAGUAAUUUUAUUUUUCAUUAAGAUAUUAUCUGAGCACAAAUUGACUGCAAACAUGAUUGUUUUUCUAUUCUAUAUGAUCAGUAAAGCUAUAUGUAGAACAUCUUUUUCAUGCACUCUGUUAUGCAUAUAUUCUUCCUUAUUCUUUUCACUAAGAAAACUUUUGUUUACAUUUUAUAAUGUGCACUGCAGGAUGAAAAAGUUUACAUCAAAGUUUACUUUAAAUAUUAUUGGGUAGGACCUAAAUAUAUGUGAUGUGUAAUACAGAUGAUAAAUCAAGUCAAAAGAAAUAUUUUUAAAAUACAGUCAUUUUCAAAAGUUUUUGGAUUUGUAGAAAGUGCUGAUGAAUAACGUACUUCUGUUUAGUUUGUAUCAGCUGUGUUUGAACAUUGAGCAGUUUACAAAUUACUUAUUUGUAUAUUAUCCAAUAGUAGAUCCAUUGUUCCAUGAUAUGUCACAGGAAAUAUUAGAUUAUUUUUAUAGGUAUAGUUUGGUGGUGAAUGCCAUCAGUAAAAUCAGCAGUAAUAGAUUUAAGAAAGUUAAGAAGCAUUAAGUAAAUUAAUAUAUUGAUUGAUUGUCCAUCCAUUUGGAAGGUCAUGUUAGCUUUAUUUAUUUUAUUUGCUGUGCUAUUUUUUGUUAUUUUAAUAUCAACUUUAUUUUACUGUCAUUUUUCUUGUAUAUAAAAUGAACCAAACUUGUAAUUAUUUCCAAAUUAGAAAAGUAGAUAGACUAAAUAACCUGAGAUGGAUUUUAUAAGAAAAUCUUAAAUCAGUGUUUUAAGUUUUUUAUUUUAUUUUUAAAAUUAAUCUACAAAUCAUGUGCAACAAUCUAGAGACUCACUUAGCAUUAAAAAGCUUAAACUACUUUUUUAGCAUAGGAAAUAAACUUCUGAGUUAACACUUGAUUCAGUCUGUAGAUAAGAGUCUGUGUUAAUAACUAACCCAGGGAAUUUAUUGUAAUUUGAGAGAUAUUUUUUUAAUGCAAAAAGUAGUAGUCACCAGCAAGCCAGGAUUUCAGGAAAACUAACCAAAAAGGAAAAAAGAAAGAAAAAGAAAAGAAGAAAAUAAAAGAAAGGAGGUCAAAAUAGAAAAUAUCAGAAAGAUUAAAGAUUUUUGUGUGCUUUAUUCAUGUCAGUGUUUUUUGUUGCAUUUUGUUGCACUAAAAUCAUUGAAGUAUUCAUCAAUUAGCCUGUGUCAGUAGAAAGUGGUUUCCCCUUUACGUGCCACAUACUCGGUUUGUUUCACUUUGCAAAACUAAAAUCCAUAUACAUUGCUUAGAAAGUUAUUUAAAAUCUUAUACUCUUAACAAUUUGGAAUUUUGCAUUAACACCUUCGGUUUGCAUUUCAAUCAUAUGAAGUGUUUCCAAAAACAUAUUAUAAAUUCAAAUAAGCUAAUUACUAACUUCUUAAUUUUUUUAAUUUUUUAUGGAUGUGAAACAAUGCUGCUGUUUGUCUGUUAUUGUGUGUAAAUAUGUUGCAAUUUAAUUCAGCAUAAUACUUUAAAGAAAGAAACAUUUAUUUUACUUACAACUUCUUGUAGGUUCUUCUGAAGUUAUUUCAUGUAGAGAUAUGUGUCUUAAACAAGUCUGAAAGUGUUAUAUACUUUUAGGUUACAGGUGAUACUGCAGAAACAGCUGAGGAAAGGAAUAUGUGGAAGACACCACAGAGUUCAGAGUUUUAACUUGAGUUCUAUAUUCUAGAGUUUUACCUUGAGUUUUAUAUUCCAUAUAUGUUUUGCUUGAGGCAUUUAUCAUGUGACGAUGGAAAGCUAUAUCCAAAGGUAAAUUUUUUGUGGCAAAGAUUUAUUUUACAUUUUAACUUUGGAGAUUUUGUUUAUUUGUUUCUGCAAAAUAAAGAGCACUGAACUUUAAACUUGAAUUUUUCUGCACUUUUUUAGGUAAGGAAAACUUUUAUUAUCAUUUAAUCCAUUUCUCAGUUUAAAUCAAGUGAUACAUUGUAUUAAAAAAUACCAAAAUCAUGAAUAUGCUGCUAGCUUUACCUUAAACAAACUGAUCAGUUUUAAAACCUUAUUUAAUAGGGUUUUAUAUAGUUAAAGAUAAAAAGAAGUAAAAUUAUUUCCUAUUUGUUUCAGUGUUCUUGGUCUUAAAUGAUUCCAACACUUUCAGAUUUGUUUUACAAUCAUACAGUAACAUGUUAUAUUUAUACAUACUGCUAGAGAAUAUACUUUUGGUUUUAAAAUGAAAUUUUUAUAAAUGUACUCUUUAAUUUUAAAAACGGUGAACUUGUUAAGUUUUAAGUCAAAGUACUUAAAAAGUAUGUAUAUUAUCCAUACAAAAAGUUAUGUUUUACGCUUAUAAUAAGAAAUAUUGAUAUCUCAUAUCGAGAUACAAUUAAUUUUAAAAAUCAUACAUCAUUUAAAGUCUUCACAUGUCAGGAAAGAUAUUAUUGAUAUAGUUAAAAAUACAAAACAAAAAAUCUAUUGAGCAUUUUCAAAUGUUAUUUUUAUUUUGGGGGAAAAUGCCCACAACAGUAAUUUCAAGGUCUUUCUCAAUAGCUACAGCUUGCUGUUGGAUGCCUACUUUACCUAUUGUUUUAAAAUAUAACUAUAGAUAUAUAUAUAUAUAUAUAUUUAAAAUAGUUUUCCAGGUAUUUUCUUCUACCUUUUUUAAAAAUAAAUUUCCAAAAAAUGAAAACAGAGUUUAUGUAUUUUUGUCAAUGAAGGUUUUUAUUUUGUAGUUUAUAGAAUUUAUUCCUUAUCAGUUUGAUACUUGAUCAAUAUUCCUAGGCUUUUUAACUACUAUAUCUUAAAUGUUCUUUUUUCUUUUCUUUUCUUUGCUUUUUCCUCUUAGGGUGUUCUCUUUGAUUGAAGUUUAUGCCCACAAAAAGUGGUUGUUUUUUGUUUUGUUUUUUCAUUUAAAAAUGAAUGUGAAGAUAUGUUUACAGUUUUUGUUAAUUGCUCUUCUCAUCAUUCUGAUCAAUUUCUUGUAAAAUGCUAUAGGAAUUAUUUUUCCUGUGAAUAUUAAUGAUUUAAUGAUCUUACUGCUGCCUCAGAAAUUCCAAAGGUUCUGUGGACAGAAAAUGGUUGUUACAACCAAAACCAAAAGAAAACUAACUAACCUUUCUCAGCUGAAUUAAAUGAUUUUCAUAACUUCCCAAUUAUUAGGGUUCUGACAUUGCUUCCUUUAGUCACUAAUACAGUCUUAAAUUUUAUUAGUCAUAAUUCAUUUAUAAAUUGAAUACAUGACUACUUGUAAGUGCUCUUUUUAUUUCUCUCUUUACGUGAAGGAAAAAAAAAACAUGAAUGUCAGUUUUGCCAGUACUUUGCAAUGAGGCUUAUAGUUUAAUUUGAAAUUUUAUAGUAUGUGUAAAUACAUCAGUAUUACCUUAUUGUAGGUCGUUUGAGGCACUUAAAAAGGGAGGUACAUUAAUGGCAAUUGAAUUAUAUUUAUUUUAAUUUGUUUUUUAAAAUACUUUUGCUAUUUUGUGUUGUUCAACUGAAAACAAUGUAAGGAGUUGAAACGGACUCAAUAUAACAGUGGAAAGCAAUGCAAAGAAGAUAAAUCAUGUUUUAAUUUCUUUCAUUUAUUUUUUUGUAAAUAAACAGUACUGUGAUACUUUAGGUGUGAUCUCUGCUCAACAUGGUAGUUAGAAGCAGAAAACCUUUUGCUUUCUAAGUUAUACUAUGGGUUCAUUGUAAAUGCAUUGCCAAAAGACAAUAUAAGAGAGAGCAAGAUUUAGUUUCUAACAUUGUCCACGUCAAGGGCAAGCAUGCUUGGUAUAGAGCUCUAGCUUGUGUAUCUUAAGCUGUACAUGCAGGUGUUUUUUCAGUCGCUACACUUUUUUUUUUCUUUUUUAAUCUUGCUCAGUCCCAGUAACUAUCUCAAAGGUAAUUGCUGGAAUAUGCAUUUGAAACAAGUUUUUUUAAAAAAAUCUGUGUACUGUAUCAUUAAAAAAAAAACUGCAAACACUAAAAAAUGUGUUAAAACUUUGUAGUUAUUUUGCAUUCCUGUACUUUAUCAGCAAAAAAAAAACUGUCAUUACAUCAAAACUUUAAAAUUAGGUAUUGAAAUAUUUUUGUAAAUAAAUACCAUUAAGCUGGUAUUUUAAAAAAAUGUAUUAUAAAUUGUUUCUGGAAAAUGUUCAUAUAUAUGUAUGUCUCUUUAUGCUGAAGGGCUCUGAUAGGGCAAAAUAAAAUAUUCUAACCUCUCCUGAAACUAAACAAGCCCUUUUUCUGGGAAAUUUGUUUUAAUAUUUUUCUGCAUUGUGGAAUUAACCCAUCAGUUUAAAUUAAUAAAAUAGUAACAAAGAUUUCCACCUCUCUGAAGGGAAAAUCAAGGUAAUCAGGUAAUUUAAGCAGGCCAGCUAUAUUUUUCAUAACUAUCUAAAUCUUUUGGUUUAAGUCACCUCCCUCUGAGGUGGGGUGGAAAGGACAAGGAUGGAAUAGGAGUCAAAGGACACAGGAACUAGAUCUAGAUGUGUGCUUAUUGGUAUCAGUGUUCAACUUCUUGUACCAAAAACGAAUACCAGGAAUGAAUCUAGAAUAACGUAACUGAAAGAAAAGCUAUUUAUUUGUUGUCGUUUCCAUUGCAUUUUAGAAUAAAGUAUAUGCUAGUUUUCUUA